AUGAGGAAGCUGAAGUUUACUGGUCUAAAUGAAGCAACUACGAGCAUGCUUAACGAUGCGAAAAAGAGAUUCGAACGUGCUCGUGAAAGAGCAACUGAAGCCUUUGUAAACGAAGCGUUGGAAUUGUCUGAACGUGUGCUAGCUAUGCGGUACAGAAUAAUGUCGACAAUACUAGAAACUGUAGACAAUCCUACUAAUGCGUUAGCGGCUUGUAAAUUGUGCGUUGAAGACCUACACCGUGUGUCAGGUGUUAAAGAUUGCUUUACUGUGGAGCUUAAGAGAGGACUCCGGGCUCGGUGGGGUAAAAAGGAACGAAGGGAACUCAUUUCCAAUGUAUGUCAUAUUAAUCGCACCGUCUACGACGUCACUCUAAUGGUCCGUUUUGGCUUCAAGGGUGAGCUGUCAGUAAACUGGCCUUCUGUUGAUAUUGGAGAAGAAAGAGUUAAUCCGCUCCGAAAUGAAAGAGUUGCUAAAAUAUUGAAGAAGCAAAGCAUGGAGCGUUGCUGCGUUCCGUGGUCAUUUGGUCAGGAGGGUGAAGUCGAGCACAAGCUAUCGAAUGCCUGUGGUAUCGCAACAAAUACCAAGGGAUAUUUUCUUAUAGCAGACAAUGGAGACAAGUCCGUGAAGGUGUUUAAUAGAAAUGGAAAGUUUCAGUUGAGAUUCACUCCCCAAACUGAUGACGUCCAAACAAAGUUACAAGUUUACGAUGUAGCAAAUGAAGACGUAGACGACAACAUUUACUUGUUGGUCGGACUGAAGAAGCCUGGGGCUGAGGAAUGGGAAAGUGAAGUGCAGAUUUUUAAUACAAACGGCGACUUGCAGCACAAGUUUUCUGUGAGGAAA